AUGAGUGAGGAAACACAGUUCUACGCCAAUAUAGCAAGUGCUACUUGGGCAAUGAUAAGGUGGCAGUACCUUCUGACACAUUAUAUCGCCGAAGGGCUCCUACCGGACCCUUCAAAGAUUGAAGCAAUACGAGGGGCCGAUACCGCAGAUCUGUUAAGAGCUUCGUGGGUUCUUGGGUCUCACAGUUGGGAGGAUAUAAAGCCUGGAUUUCAUAGAAGCCUUGCUAAAUCACAAGGUCGAGACACGAUAAUGGUGGUGUUGAUCGACCACAAAAUACGCACACUUCAUAUUCUUGAAGCAUCGCCGUUAUUUCGCUUCAGAUGUGGCGAAAGCUUCAUGAACACAGAUCAAGGGGCCCCUUCACGGAUCCCAAGAAAGAAUAAUUCCGACAGGGACAAAAUCUUUGUGAGUCAAUUUUGGAGAGCUUUUUCAGGCAAUGGAACGAAGCUCCACAUGAGGUUCCGGUAUAUCCAGAAACCCGCGGCCAAACCGAGAAGGUAA